UAAGUUUUAACAGCAAAUCAGAUCUAUAAUCUUCUAUUCUAUCCUUCACCAACUCUACAAUACAAUAUACACACACAGAAAAAAAACUGAUUUUUACAAAAGAAAAAACGAAAAGGACAGCAAAAAAUGAAGCAUAUAUUCGAUUUUUAUAGUCAGAAGCAACAGAAUUUGUUAAUGGAACCUUUGAUCUUCAAAAUUAAGCUUAUUAUUCUUGCUUGGGUUCAUUUCAGAUCUCGUUCAGGUCCAAUAUCCUUGGUGAAACACUUUUCUUAUAGAGAUAUAAAGAAAGCAACUGAUGGUUUUAGGAGAAUUGUUUACAACUCUUCUAAAAGAGUUGCUUACAGAGCAAAGUUUCAAAAUGGCCAUGCUGCAAUUGUGAAAGAAGUCCACGCUUCCGAAGACCAGGAUGAUGCUACUUUCUACAGGGAGGUACAGUUACUUGGUCAGUUGCAUCAUCGACAUAUUGCUGCACUUAAUGGGUUCUCUAGCGGCCCUAAGAGAUUUCUAGUCCUUGAAAAUUUGGAAAAAGGAAGUCUGAAGGAACACCUUUCUGACCCUCUGAUGACUCCAUUAAACUGGAGGAUAAGACUGCAGAUAGCAGUUGGCAUUGCUGCUGCUUUAGAAUAUCUCCACUUCUUUUGUGAUCCACCGAUGUACCACGUUUCAGUCAGUUCAAGUACCAUCAUGCUGGACGAGAACUUCACAGCUAAACUCUGUGAUGUUAGACUCCUUUGUUCUGUCGAAAACAACAAACCACUUCCGAAGUCUAAAUGCUCCAAAGAAUGUAGAGAUGAGAUCUGCAAACAUACAAUCUUCCAGCUUGGUUUGCUGAUCCUUGAGUUAGUCACCGGCCAAUCCUCAGAAGAUGGAGGUGUUGACUUAGUUCAAUGGGUUCAAGAUUCUCGUUUCCGAAGAAGAUCCAUUCACCAGAUGAUUGAUCCAGAUCUUGGAGACAGCUACGAUUUCAAAGAGCUUAAAGGUCUUUUGGCAGUUGCAAAAAUGUGCGUACAAUCUAUUCAUAAGCCUACAAUAAAGACACCUCAAAUUUUGUGGUAUCUCCAAAAGAAAUUGGGCAGGACUCAAGUAGUUUGCUGAUGACUCGGAGUCAUCUGUUUUCAAGAUGUUCACAAAUAUAGAUCAUUGAUUAUGUGAGUAGAAUGAUUUUUCCUGUAAGUA